AAAGGUCCCAGUUCUGUUUCAUUUUGCAGGUAGUGGUCAAGGAAAUGUGGGGUGGAUCCUAGAAGGGGUGAGAGUGUGGAAGCCACUCAUGCCUGUCCCUGCUUUGUCCCCAUAGGUCAAACCUGCUUCAGCCAUGUCUGUAAGGAAGGAUGAAAUUCCCCAGCAGUCAUCAGCCCCACUGGAAGGGAGCCUCCAACAGAAGUUAUGUCUACCAGGAGAAGCAGAAAAAAAUCGCUGUACCCCCACCAAGGACACUGAGUGUCAGUGCAAACCUGGCACUUUCCGUGGAGAAGAUGCACCUGAAUUCUGUCAAAAAUGCAGCACCAGGUGCCCUGAUGGGAAGGUCAUGGUCACGCACUGUAACCCCUGGAGCAACAUGAAGUGUGUGGACCAGGAAUCAGGUACCCUGGCCCAUGGGGAGGCCCCAGUUCCUGGAGAGCUAGGAACUCCCUCCCCCUCCUCAGGCACUUCAAGGCUGGUGAUUGGAAUUGUAUCUGGAAUCACCAUUGUCCUAGUCGGAUGUGUGGUAUGGUGCUUCUUUAACGACUCAGAGUGUCCCGCUUGCAGUCCCAGGCCCGGGGCUCUUUGUUCAGUGUCUGCGCCCCCACCCUGCGCCCUGUCCCUGGGAAGGGCGGUGCGGCAAGAGGGCCCUCCCCACCACUCAGUGGUUGUCUCUUCUCUCCUCGGUCUCUCUGAUGAGUGCUGGCACAAGGUGAUCGGUUUCUCCAGCAUCGGGCAGCAUCAGACCCUCAGUAACUGCUUCCGCCCCACAACAAGGCCCAGGGUGGACGUGGUCCUCGGAAGAGAAGCUGACAGGAUAACGCCCAGUCCCGAGAUGCAGCAGGAACCAGCAGCACCUGAAGGACCUCAGCGGAGAAGAUGGCUGCUGGUUCCAACAGAUGGCACUCAAAGCCUGAAGCUAUUCUUCAGUGACUUUGCAGCUAUCUUUUCCUUGUGACUUCUGUGAUUCGCUCCUGAGGCAGUUGGGCCUCACAUGAAAUGAGAUCCUUGUGGGCAGAGAAUAGGCCUGGGUCUCUCCGGAUGCCUUGUGUGAAAUACUGCCAGUCACCAAGAAGGGACAGAGGACCUCAGUCAACACCCUGAUGGAUGCCUUGGAAAUGCUGGGGCAAAGAGUGACAAAAGAGACCAUUCAAGAGGGCCUGCUGAACUCAGGAAAGUAUUAACAUGUUUAUGAAGAAAGUGAGACAGGCUCUGCUGUGCCCUGAGUGUUUGAGGACCUCAGUCUUUCAGCUCAGGACACACUCCUAAUAGGCUUCUAGUUUUUAUUUGUAUUGGUUUGAAAUUUGUCAUUCAUGGUAAUAUGUAUGCAUUUAAUGAUGUAACUUAUAAUGAAAGUGUUAGUCACUGAGUCAUGUCCAACUCUUUGCGACCCUAUGGACUGUAGCUCACCAGGCUCUUCUGUCCAUGGGGUUUCUCCAGGCAAG